AAAAUUGUAGUAAAACAUUCGUAGAGUCGUAAGGAGAUUUGUAAAUAAAUAAAAGAAAUGAAAUACUUUUGUCUCGUCUCAGUAGCCGUCGACAGGGCUAGGAGCCCAUGACCAUUGGCUCCUGCCGUCUGGUCGAUGUAUUUCCUUUCGGUCAGCUCUGGCAGUACAUGUACAGUAGGCUCGAUUUCCCAAUUACCCAAAAUAGCUGGAAAUCUAGCUGGCUUGAAAAAAAAAAAGGAAGAAAGAAAGAAAGAAAAGCCAUAACUUCACAUCCCGUCUUGAUCUGGUGUGGCCGCGUUGAACAAGUUAGAUUCAGGUAGUAAAUUUCUAAAACGUUUUUAGUAGACCUCAUUUACAGCUACCCGCUUAGUUCGAAAAUUGGCAGAAGCGAAGACACGCAAUGGAUCCUGGGUAGAUUUUGCUUCGUCCAGCGGUGUUGCCCUGUAGAAGAACAUGGCGUCUCUCUCGUCAACAUCAUAGAAGUAAUCUAUCAUUUCCGACGUAAUAUUCUCGUGAUUUAAAGGGUUCUCUGACUCAAUUAGUUUGAAUAUGUGCCGUAAUUGUGCCUUGCCUGAAUGGGGGGAGCCGCUGAAAAUUCCCGUUGCAGAACUUCCACAGUUUUUCUCGAAGCAGAUUAGCUGGAACUUCGAACGAUUGAACUACGGUGGUGGAGCUGUUAUGGAAACCGUGUCUGGUCGUCCAGAGCGUCCUUCAGUGACGGGGCGACUUGGCUGCAGGCUAAGGGAAGGCAUGCAACCUCCAACGAGGGGAAAACGAACUGAGAGGUACCUGCUGGUCAGUGAAUGUUUGUACUGUCCCGGAAAGAGGUACGGAUGCACUCCGAGAGCGAAUUGCACGGGAAAGCGUCGCAACUGUUACGCGAUGUGUAAGGUCACUGUGUACGCCGAUUCCCCAGAUAUUGCCGAGGUUUCUUUCUCUGGGAGUCACGGAAGUGGAAACGUCACCGAUCCAUCGUUGCACAGAAACCCUCAUGACUCGAAAAGAAGAAGAUUGGUCGACGAAGAUGGCAAUGCUAGCGAUCAUUCACAGAGAUGGAAACAAAAUGAUCGACCUACAAUGGUAGAGUCACUCAGUUCUGAUGGCCUAAAUCUUGAUCGCUCAAGUACAGAGGUGGUUGCUCUAGAAGUUGGACAGAACAUCAUGUUGACAGGCAACAGUGUGGACGUGAUAAACCCACAUCGCUCAUCAAGUUCACCAGAAAUUGUCAUCUGGACAACAACAGCCUCUGGAGUACAGCCUGGAUCUAGUUCCAGUUGGGUUAACAGUAAUGGUACAACCACAAGCAGCCCCACAACUCCCAGCACUCCGCUGAAUACACCUUUAUCAGCAAGCGGGGUAACUCCUCCACCCUUUAAUCCGAGUAGCUCACGAGGUGCUCAAGCCAAGGUACCUUCUUUUAACACGCCACCACCAAUAGCUUCUUUAGCAACAAAGAGCAGCUCGGGACACCCAUCUUGGUCUCCACCUUGGAGAGCAGAGUCAAAGUUUUCGGGAUCAAAGAUGCGUGUAAAUCAGCAACAUCAACAUUCAGAGAAGAAUCAGGAAAUCCUAACUUUGAGACAGCACAUUCAGAUUCUUCAACAAGAACAUCUAAACAAGAUCUCGCGGAUAGCUGAGCUAGAGGCUCAGCUUCAAAGUCUCAAGGAAGGAGAACUUUACAGACUAGAGCAUCAAGUUCAAAGAUUGGAAACAGAGAACCUGAGAAAGGAUGUGAAGAUUUUACAGCUUGAGAAACAGUUACAAACAGCUUUAUACUCUAGGACACAGCCAUCACCCACACCAGUAACAGUACUUGUGCAGCAGCAAGUCUCUGAUACCGUUCCUUCACAUUCACAUGUAAGUAAACCUAAUGAUGUCGAGGCUUCACAUAUGGAAGAGGGUGAGAAAGAGGACGAAGAAAUGGAGGGCAAUAAAGACCAAGAAUUAACAGAAAUUGAUAAGGAGGAUGAUAAUGGUGAUGAUGACUCGCAGAGUGUUGAUGAAGCUUAAAAACGGUGGAGCAUGCUUGUUGUCACUUGUAUUGUAUAAUGGUGUAGAAAGAGUUUUAUCUUCAUCUUAAUUAGCCUAUUUAAGGUCACAUUUUUUAGAGCUCAUUCAAAUCAUUUAUUAUGUCACACAUUUAUUAUGUCAGCUUCCCAAUCUGAACAUAAAUUUAGCAUCUUACUAUCAAGCAGCAAAGUUGCAAGAAUAAAGAAAAUUAUCAACUACAGUAUUUAGCAAGCUAAAAGUAUUUUUUUUAAAUGUACUUCCAAAUUCUCACAUCUAACUUGUGAUUAUUGAUUAAACGAAACAUUUUCAUAUGCAAGUAGUGAAGAGAAUUAUAUUUUGAGGUUGAGACCAAAAAAACACUCAGUCCCCUUAUAUUGUGUUAUAUUUGAAUGGGUUGUUCUGGUGAGGUUUAAUAUUGUAUAGCUGGGAUUGUGAAUUGAUUCCAACAUUUUAGUCAAAGUUAUGGUCAAGUAGGACCAACUUAAGUAAACUUUGAGUGAGAGGGUAAGAAAUGACAAUAAAAUAUUCAUUUCCUAGUCCAGUUUUGGCUUAAUAUUGAAGAUAAUUUCUAGCUAUUACAGUUUAGAACUCAAUGUCUGUUGUGCAGACAGUAAUCAAGAUUGUUUACCAAUUAUGUGCCAGGGGAAGUUGUUUGGUUCCCUCCUGACAGGAAAUUUUUGGUAUGAGAUUUGGCAUGCUCCAUUUACCAGGAUUUACCUGGAGCACCCAGAAGCAUGCUGCAUUGUUGCACAUUAAGGAUGAAUUGGAAUCUACGAUGAUUGGUAAUUUUGGACUACCUUUAAAGAUGUUCCAUUUCAAUGUUUUCAACAUAUUUGGCUUGGGCAAACCAAAACAGUCCUAGCAUUUACAAAUUAAUUCCAACUGAAAUUUUGAGAGUUUUUCCUGAAUGCAAUCUGAGUAUUUAUUUUAGUUUUGCCUCUCUACAUUUGAGGUUUUUCUUUACUUUCAGAAGUGUUAAACAGUUUCAGUCAAUCCUAAAACCAGUCUGUAUGUAGCAGACUUUUGAAACAAAGCAUAACCUACGUAUAGCAAAGUUUUGUACAGGUUCAAAACCCAUCUGGUAGUCUGGUAGUUGAGAUAUUAUUAAAUUAAAUAUGGUGCUGGAUCAGUUUUUGUAGGUGAAGUCAGAACUACUCAAAGAAAACAUUUAUAUCCCUAAUGUUCCAUGCAGAUUUUAUGCGACUUGAUUUUUAACUGUAAUUUAUUAUUUCUAUUUUAUAUUUUGACAUUACUUUUAUUCUUGUCUUUGUUUAAAAGAGCUCAAAAAUUCAAACUUACUUUUUAAGUCUCAUGUAACCUUUUUUGGUACAUAAAGAACAACACUUUCGUGAUUAAUGUUACUGUGUAAUUAAGAUCCCUUUCAAAAGAGGCAUCAGUUUUAACUGAUGUUGCUUCAACAAUGAUGUUGCUUCAACAAGGCACAUGUACGUGAUUGUAUGCUCUGUUUUUUACUAUGUUUGCUAGCCAUAUAUACACAGCUGUAAAACUAGAUGUGAGCAGUUGCCAUCUUGUUACAUUCCUUGUCUUAUACUAAAAAAAAUAAAAUAAAAAAUAAAGCUA